AGUUAAAUUAUUGGCCCUAAUGCCACUUUCCGUUGGAUUUGGAAAAGACAUUAUUACAAAAUCAUACAAGGUCAUUUCGAUGUACUCGGAAAAAGACCAUACACGUGAAAUUCUAUGUUUUAACAGCCGUUUCAAUGUUAAAGUUAUAUCCCUUGAUAAUGGCGAGCAAAGAGACGUCGGUUGGUACAGAUUAGAUGACUACAAUGUUUGCUAUGAACAAACACCCGUCUACGCAAACGGAUCACUCUUCUGGUUUACAUUAUAUUGUUAUACUCGGAGUUAUAAAACACUUUCAGAAAUACCUUCGCAUCUGAUAGCUAUUGAUCUACACACUGAACAAUUUCGAUGGGUAUCAUUACCAAAAUGUUACACCCGUUACUCUCGUGGUGUGCAAAUGUGGAGCCUAAAUGAACGUUUGUGCUUAUCAGAUGUGCUAAACAUACAAUGUUCUUCAGGGUUAGACGUUUGGAGUUUACAAGAAUCUUCUACUCAAAAUUGGGAGAAAUUAUUUUCUUUUAAUAUUUUGGAUAUCAGUAGAUUGGAUGCAAAAUGCUGGAUGCUUGGUCUAAGAGCUGCUUACUUUAGAAGAAUUGAAAAGGGUCAAGAUCAAGUGUCGUCUGAUAUUCUAAGAACGGCUAUUUGGUAUUCGCCGACUAUGAUUUCUCCUAGUAAUAUAUUAAGUCUUUCUGGGAAUUGA